UGUGGCAUUCCCUCUUUUGCUAGCCUCAUGGCCUUCAACCAACCAGCCAUAGCCAUGGGUCUCCUCGUUGGCUUGGUCCUUUCCGCCAUGGCACAGGUGGCGUACUGCGCGGGUGGCCGCACCACCCAGAACUACCGCGAGGCGCUGGCCAAGAGCAUCCUCUUCCUCGAGGCCCAGCGGUCCGGCGUGCUCCCCGCCAGCCAAAGGGUCGUCUGGAGGUCCAACUCCGGUCUACACGACGGGAAGGCCAACGGGGUGGACCUUACGGGCGGCUACUACGACGCCGGCGACAACGUCAAGUUCGGGCUGCCGAUGGCAUUCACGGUGACCAUGAUGUCGUGGAGCGUCCUCGAGUACGGCAGGCAGAUGCAGGCGGCCGGCGAGCUCGGCAACGCCCUGGAGGCCAUCAAGUGGGGCACCGACUACUUCGUCAAGGCGCACCCGGAGGCCAACGUGCUCUACGGAGAGGUGGGAGACGGUGACUCCGACCACUUCUGCUGGCAGCGGCCGGAGGAGAUGACGACGAGCCGUCAGGCGUACCGCCUCGACCCCCAGCGCCCGGGCUCCGACCUCGCCGGAGAGACCGCCGCCGCAAUGGCCGCAGCGUCGCUCGUGUUCCGCCGCUCCAACCCGGGAUACGCGAACCUGCUCCUGCAACACUCCAAGCAGCUGUUUGACUUCGCCGACAAGUACCGGGGAAGGUACGACGCCAGCAUCCCUUUGGCGAGGAACUAUUACCAGUCAGUCAGCGGAUACAGCGACGAGCUGCUGUGGGCGGCGGCGUGGCUGUUCCAGGCGACCGACGACCGGCGCUACCUGGACUACCUUGCUAACAACGCGGACGCGAUGGGCGGCACGGGCUGGUCCACCGCCAUGUUCAGCUGGGACAUCAAGUACGCCGGUGUGCAGGUCCUCGCCGCCAAGAUCCUACUGCAAGGCAGAGCCGGCAGGCACGCAGCCGUGCUGCAGCGGUACCGGCAGAAGGCCGACUUCUUCGUGUGCGCGACCCUCGGCAAGCAGGGCUACGGCAACGUCAAGCGGACGCCCGGCGGCCUCUUGUAUCACCAGCAGUGGAACAACCUCCAGUACGUGACCAGCGGGUCGUUCCUCCUGGCCGCCUACUCAGACAGCCUCGCCGCCGCCCGGCAGGCCGCCGUGUGGUGCCCGGCCGGGGCGGCGUCGCCCGCGCAGAUCAUGGCGUUCGCCAAGUCCCAGGUGGACUACGUCCUGGGGAGCAACCCGAGGGCGACGAGCUACAUGGUCGGGUACGGCUUCAUUUACCCGCUGGAGGCGCACCACCGCGGCGCGUCCAUCGUGUCCUUCAAGUCCAACCCGUCGUUCGUGGCCUGCAAGGCCGGGUACGCGAUCUGGUAUCCCCGCAAGUCCAGCAACCCGAACCUGCUCGAGGGCGCCAUCGUUGGCGGGCCGGACGAGUUCGACAACUUCGUCGACGACAGGAACAACUACAAGCAGACCGAGGCGCCCACCUACAACAACGCGCCGUUCAUGGGCGUGCUCGCUCGGCUCGCCGCCGGCCGCCGGUUUGAUCAGUCAAUUCCAGAUGGGCUUGACAACCAGACCUCAGUAGUGCCAUCUCUUUCUGCUGCGGCCGAUCAAGGUGAGCACGCGUCACCGAUCGUGAUCGAGCAGAACGCGACGGCGUCAUGGACGGAGAAGGGCCGGACGUACCACCGGUACGCGGUGACGGUGACCAACAGGUCGGUGAACAAGACGGUGCACGAGCUGUACCUCGGCAUCGCCGAGCUCUACGGCCCGGUGACGGGGCUCGACAAGAAUCGGUAUGGCCACCUGCUCCCGGACACGGCCCCGUCGGUGCCCGCCGGCGGGAGCGUCACGUUCGAGUACGCGCACGCCGCGCCGCCGGCAAACGUCUGGGUCACCGGCUACAAGCUCGUCUGAACUGAAACCAAUGCUAGCCAGUUUGUCAGGUUACAAUUACAAUAGGGAAGUUGGAGUGAUGGGUCUAGUGACAAUCUCUCAGUCAUCCUCCAUAUUCCGUUAUAAUGAGCUAAACUAUGCUAGGAGUAACUAGUGGCUGCGUGUUAUCGUGGUUGAAAAUGUAAGAGGAAUGGUGUUGUUGCGCUAUAAAGUAUAAACGA